UAAUGUGGCCUUCCCAGGCAUGGAGAGAAACCUUAAUGUGUUUAGGGGGAGUGGGUGUGUGAACAUACCCUGGUCUCUUUUACUGAAGACUGACACCAUGGCUAUGGGAAACUAGAGAAGACCAUGAUCAGACUCCAUCUGACUGCUAUCACCAGCCGGGCCAUAACAACUGGUCCAUCUUGAAGAAAAAAGGGGGAAGAUAUUUUUGGAAAGGCUAAAAAGGCAGGGGAGAAGUCAAGAUGAGAAAAUCCUCCCUCUUCAGAUAAGAGGCAUCAGUGUGCUGAGUCUCUUCUUGCUACUUUUCCAAAUGCUUGCAUACACGCUGUUGAAGAGAGGAAAUUAUGAAUGUCGAUAUGAGCGCCCCGCUGAGGGCAGCUUUGGUAUACUCCAGGGUGGAGUCUUGGGCAAGAAGGCGGGCUGUCUCGCGCACCCAGCCCCACCCCCCACGGAGGUGGGCGUGCCCUUCUAUGAGGUUAUAUAUUGAGGCGCUCCUGAAACAGGCGGCUGCAGAGCGAGCCGGCUCCGGAGCAAGCGCACGCGGCGCCUGGGACGCCCCCUCCCCGUCGCCGGUGCCGGUACCGGUGCCGGUGCCGCUGCUGCCACCAGCGCGGGCUGUCGUUCCCUCUUCUUUUUCGUACCGCCGCCAUCUCCUCCUGGUCUACCUCAGCUGUCCCGCAGGGCAGGCGGUGCUCCGGCCCCCUCACCCCGCCCCCCCCUCCGGGGGAAGCCCUGGCCCCGCGAGCCGGGGGAUGGAGCUGGGGCGCGCGGGGACGAGGCGGCUGCUUCCCGCGGGCCAGUGAGCGGCCAUGAAGACCCUCAUCGCUGCCUACUCGGGGGUCCUGCGAGGCACUGGCUCUAGCAUCCUCUCUGCACUACAGGACUUGUUCUCCAUCCCCUGGCUAAAUAAAUCUAAGGUUGAGAAACAGCUUCAGGUCAUCUCUGUGCUACAAUGGGUCCUUUCCUUCCUUGUCUUGGGAAUUACAUGCAGUCUCAUCUUUAUGUACAUAUUCUGCACAGAUUGUUGGCUGAUCUCAGUACUGUAUUUCACAUGGCUGAUUUUUGACUGGAAUACCCCAAAGAAAGGUGGCAGGAGAUCAAAAUGGGUGAGAAAUUGGGCUGUGUGGAGAUAUUUCCGAGAUUAUUUCCCCAUCAGGCUGGUGAAGACUCACAACUUGCUGACAACUCGAAAUUACAUCUUUGGAUAUCACCCCCAUGGUAUCAUGGGCUUGGGGGCCUUCUGCAACUUUAGCACUGAAGCCACAGAGGUUGGAAAGAAAUUUCCUGGUAUCCGGCCUUAUCUGGCAACGUUAGCUGGGAACUUCAGGGUCCCUGUGUUAAGAGAAUACUUAAUGUCUGGAGGUAUCUGCCCUGUCAACCGUGACACCAUUGAUUAUCUGCUUUCCAAGAAUGGGAGCGGCAAUGCUAUCAUCAUUGUGGUGGGGGGUGCUGCCGAGUCCUUGAAUUCCGCACCUGGAAAGAAUGCUGUCACUCUGAAGAAUCGGAAGGGCUUUGUGAAACUAGCCUUGAGGCAUGGGGCUGACUUGGUUCCCAUCUAUUCCUUUGGGGAAAACGAGGUUUAUAAACAAAUAAUCUUUGAGGAGGGUUCAUGGGGCCGAUGGGUCCAGAAGAAGUUCCAGAAAUACAUUGGCUUUGCUCCUUGCCUUUUCCAUGGUCGUGGCUUCUUCUCCUCCAACACUUGGGGCCUAGUACCGUACUCUAAGCCUAUCACCACAGUUGUGGGUGAGCCCAUCACCAUUCCCAAACUUGAGCAUCCAAGCCAGAAGGACAUCGACCUAUACCAUGGCAUGUACAUGGAGUCCCUGGUGAAACUCUUUGACAAGCACAAAACUAAGUUUGGCCUUCCUGAGACAGAAGUUCUGGAAGUGAACUAAGUGGACUGGGCUGGUGGCAGGCAGCCAGUAGCCUCCCCCUUGGGGGAAGAGUCAGCCUCAAAUCAUUUUUCUACCAAGUUCUCAAGUGCUUUUUGUUCUGUAAAUUUGGAAGCCUCAUGGGUGUCUGUGGGUUAUUUUAAAAAAAUUAUAAUAACAAAAUAAUUUUGUUAAAAUAUUACAAUGUUAGGUCUUUUUUAAGGAAAAAAGUGAAUGUAUCAAACUCUCUUGCUUCCAGGCCAUCUCACUUUGAACAGCUAAUUUUAUCCUGGCUUCUCUCCUCAUUUCUCAACUUGAUUCCUUCCAUCAUCCAAAAAAAAAAAAAAGUAACCUUCCUAUUUAAUUAUGAGGAGACCAGGACUGUUUGAAAGCAUUCAGGAUAUAAAAUUAGAGGAAGCUGGAUUCAGAUCUUAGCCCUACAAUUCACUACCUAUCUUACCUUGGGCAAAUCACAUGGUACCCAAAGUUCACCUUCCCCACCUCUAAAAUGAGAGGGAUUAGACUAGAUAGUGUCUAGCAUCCUUUCUAGCCUAAGGAUCCUAUAAUCCUAUAAAACUUCACCUUAGACCCUAGAGAAAUAACUUUUAAAUCCAACCACAUUCUUUUUGUCCUGUCCCCAGCCCUAAUGUGUUCACAUUAAUGUGGACUUGUUCCCCAACAACAUAACAGUCCCUACUACUGUCUGGUCCUAAAGCAAGGAAAGUGAUGACCCUCUAAUGCAAUUCAGCUGCCACUGAUCCUGACCUAUAUUGCACAAAUGGGGUGGACCUUUGGGUGAUUUCAUUAAGCAGAGAAAUACUUUCCCAGGUAGAGAUGGUAGUAUGUAGGAUAGGAAAUGUUAGUGUUUAUCUCCUCUUAUUAUUUUGGGGGAGUGGGACUGGGAGGGACCUGAAAACUACCUUCUACUUUUUGAGAUUUUUGCAUGGUCCCCACUUUCCCCUACCCCCCAGAUUUUUUGUCACAUGUAGACCAGUAAGCACACCUUGUUGAUGCUGUCCCCUCCUCAUCUCACAUUCCCCUUUGGUAAAUGUUUCUCUUUCAACUCUGAAUGUCAGAAUAGUGGACCUGGCAUAAAAUGCUUCUAACUUACUGCCUGGGUGACCCUGGGCAUGUCAUUCCACAUAUUUAGGUCUCAGUUUCCUCCUCAUUAAGCAGAGAUAGAAACAGAAAUGUAAUAUUGGGGUUCAUGAGCUCCUUCCUGGCUGGGGAAAUACAGGCCAGCUCCCACAAUGGGAGAAUACCUGUGUGGCCCAACUGAAAAGGUCUUGAAAGGAAGUUGAAGAUGUGGAUGAGAAUUCAUGUAGGACCAACCCAUAGGGCCCAAGCCAUGCCUUUGAUGAUAGCUAAAAGUUUACACAAAGAUAGCUUCCUCUCCUGUUUCUGCAUCUGAGGGAAGAAGUGACCUCCAUAGGGACUGUUCCUCCCAUUUAGGGCCUGGUUUGAGGCCUUGUAGGCUUGACAAGUGGUGCCAUUUACCUGAAGGGCAAGUGCCAGAAGUGACCCCGAACCUCACAUCUGUGUCAGAAGCUAUAUAUAUGUGUGGUCUUGGGCAAGUCACCUUUCCUGGGCCUCAUUUUCCUCCUAUAAAAUGAGGACUAUGGAUUACUUAACCUCUCAGUUCCCUUCCAGUGUGAAUCCCUAUGAUCCUCUCAUCUACGUGCCUUUGCAGAGCAGGGGGACCAGAGAUGCCUUCUCACAUCCUAGCACCUUAUGGCAAAAUGAGCCUGUAUAUACAUGUUCUCUCUUCAUAUUUCUCAAAUCAAUGUACCAUAUCAAAGCAUUUUGUACAAAUUUAUAGAAAUAAACUUUGGUUGGGAUCAGUGUC